AAACAAUUUAUUUUGUUUCAAUCAAAAUUGCAUACCGCAUGUUAGUAUUUUUAAAAAUUUAAAUAUAAAAUUAGAUUUACACAGUCUGUGUAAGCAAGAAUAUAGCAAAUAAUUGAAAAAAUGGUCCGUGUUAUAACUCAGGAGACUUACGACGACGUGGUUAAGGAGAAUAUCGAAGAAUUCGAUAUGACCCCUGAAGAGGCUGUAAAAGAAGCUAUUGCUCAAUUCCAGGCUCAGGGUGUUGACUUAUCAAACAUAAUCAAAGAUCUAGCACUGGGAUCUGGUGAAGAGCAUGCAGUGACCACAAUUGUGAAUAAACUAAGAAAUCUGUGCAGUGCUACUGAGUAUGAUAAUGAGGCAGUUCUACAAGAGUUGGAUGCACUCAAGACAGAAUGCAAAAAAGACAUAGCUCACAGAGUAAGAGCUGGCAAAGAAGGUGCCUAUACAAUAUUGAUAGACUUGUUAGAAGCAAGACAAAAAAUAUAUCUACAGAAUGCGAGUGAAGCAGAUGGAAGAUUUAUUGUCAGCGUUCUGAAUACACUCACCUCUUUAAUGAAUAUGCAACCAGAUUUGCUUGAAGCGAAAGGAAUAGAUUUAAUUAUAAGUUUGUUAGAUAACACAGAUUCCAGUGAAGUUUUAAUAUCAACGCUCAAGUGGACAUAUCAUUGUUGUACGAAACACGAAAUGAAUAGACAAGGAUUGUUUGGAAAGAAUAUUUCAAAGAAUUUGAAGACUCUGUUGCAGUACAGGAAAGAUGUUAAGGUGGCUGUUGCAGCGAUGCGGGUUAUCCGAAAAUUCACUGUAGACGAUGACGUUAGAGUUCAAUUUGGAAAGGCGCAUGAACAUGCGAAGGUGCUUGCCACUACAUCAUUGUUGCCCCUCGUAAUUUUAUUGAAAGAGAAUUCAGACGUCAAUGAAGACGAUAAACAGAAUGACAAAGAUAACGCAAUACCCGAAGGCGACAAAACACAGGAUAAACAGAAUGACGAAGAAAACACAAUACCGGAAGGCGACAAAGAAGAGGCAAUAGCUGAAGCUCUUAAAACAAUAUCUUCACUACUCGUACGAUACGAGCUAUGCAGUCUUGUAGCUGACAAUGGCAUUAGUCUUUUGUUGUUCACAAUUUUACUGAAAUAUAAAAGAGAAGAUAUUGCACAACAUGCUUGUACACUAAUAGCAGCGCUCGCUGGUAACGACGAUGUGAAAAGGAAAUUGAUGCAAGCGUUCAUAGCUCCUCUAAUAAUUUCUAUUUUAAAUAAAUAUAUACACAACCCUAAAACGGUAUCGCAAGCAUUGAAGUGUAUUUCAACGCUCACAUUGCGCGAAGCUUCCCACGCCAAGCAAUUCUUCUCGUGUGAUGCUGCCGAGGCCAUAAUAAGCUCUAUGAAGAUGCAUCCAGAUGACGCCACUGUGCAGAAAAAUGCGUGCUGGGCGAUACGCAACAUGGUGGCAAGAUAUCGCGAUGAAAAUUCAAAAUUCCACGAGCUCGGCGCCGAGGAACUUUUAAACGACGCGUACAAGAAGUUCAGCGACGAUUUUGGAUUCGAUAUAAAAUCCGCCUUGAGAGAUUUAGAGUGCGACGUAAAAUUAGAAGAGCAGUGGAAAGGAAAGGGAAAGGAGAUUGAGAAAUAAGUGAGCGUUUAUCGCGACUCCUUACUAAUAUUAUAAAUUCGAAGUACUAAGUCUGUCUGUCUGUCUUGCUUUCACGCCAAAACUGAACCGAUUUAAAUGAAAUUUGGUACACAUAUAGUCUAGACCCUCAGAAAGGACAUAGGGCUAGUUUUUAAUGCGAAAAAAGAGUUGAAAGGGGUGAUGAA